UAUAUAAUUAUAAGUAUAGCCCAAGAGCUCUGUAGGUUAACGAGUAGUGAGUCAGAAUAGUGGAUCUGCUGAAACGAUGUAAUCUACCUACUGGCAUGGAAACUGCAACCUAAGCUCCUAACGUCAGAAUUUCGUAUUGAAUUGACUAUGUUGAUGAGCUCUUAGUAUCAACACCCCUACCAUGUCAAAUUGUCUACCCCAUACCAUAAGUCCGUGUUGACACAGAGGAUCCCACAUUAGUCUUUGAGACAGUGUUUAGCGUUGUGGUCUUCACGCUUACAAUACAAAGAUACUCAGAUAUUGGCAUCAAGCAUUCCUACAUCUGUCGCAGUAGCAGUUGCUGAAGACAUGCUUGCCGAUUCCAACCAAACCAAAUAUGCUUUUUGACUCCAUGGUUAUAGGCGCAAGAUUGGACCACCUAUACACUAUAAUGAAAAACAAGACUUUGUCGAUGGUGCCCUUACGAACCAGUCGCCCUAAGUCUUUUAAAUUUCCGAGCCUCACCCUUCAUUCACUAAAGCCUAACUCUCAUACAUAGGAGCGAGCGGGUAGAGUAUACCGCAUCGGGUAUCGUAUCGGGUAGAGCAGCGGUCAACGUCGGCUCAAGGCCAAGCAUACAAUUAGAUAAGGGACCAUUUCUCGAAAUCAUAGAACUUCUCUCUCAGAUCACUACCUCAACCAGCCGGGUUAGCGACUUCAACAAAAUAGAAACCUUCCCCAACUUCCCGGUCCUUACAAUCAUUCGAAGAAGGCAAGGUGCCUGUCGAUUAUGCUGUCAACGCAAAAGGCUAAGACGAGUAUUCAAAAGACUAUUCUAUGUUAGAAUAUGCUGAAAAGCUUGUUGAAGAUCUACGCUAAUGAGCAGCAACCCGUGUGAAACAAGGGGUCUGGCUUUCAUCACUUAAAAAAAACUCUUUGUCCUAGUACAAAGCCUCUUCACUCGCUGUACCGCCACGCCUUUCGGCCUUACUCGUCACGAGGUGCUUUUUUUUUGAAAGCCUUACCGUAUUGCUAAAUAUUGAUUUCGCUAGAUACAAGUAGAAUCAAUUAAUGUUUUGAGACUAUGAUUCCACUCGUAGCUACCGUUAUGGGAGUGGAUUUUAGUGAUGAAGUUGUGCACCUAUUGAUAUUUGAUCGUAGCGCACCUUUAUGAAAUAGAGAGAUUGUUGGUGUGUAGGGUACUAUCAAACAAGAGAGAUUGUUGGUGUGUAGGGUACUAUCAAACAAGAGAGAACAAUUCUGACGGACAUUUUAUGCAAUUAUUUCCUCAUCUUUGAUUUCAUUAUUGAUAUGCGCUUGCUUGUUCUGCUUCUACGGAGGAGCUUGUGUUCGAAAUUCCUUAGAGAAACCUGCCUUAAAGCAUCCCUUUCUUUCUUUGUAGUGACAUCCACAUAUGCGGGAAAGGCUCCGGUCAAAGAAUGACUAGCGAAAGGUGAGUUCCUCCCUAUUUGAAGUGAAGAAAAGUUCCACUUACUACAGAAUUAGAAGGUCGAGUCAGAGAGCUCGUCCUUUAAUGGAGGGCAUGAUCACAGGAGGACAGGCUAGCUAACAUAGAAAGAGGUUUGAUACGUCCUUAACUUAGAAGAAGUAAAGCCAAAUGAUUUUUCAGCAAGAAAAGAAACUCAAAAGUGUCUGCUCAGCGAUCGCUUUAAUGGUUCGUUCCAUCAAGUGGCUCAGACCGAAGCCUUGGUUCUGAUCCUGUGGUAAUUUACGCGGGAUAUCCUUGCACAACAUUGUGAAUCAUCUAUUUGUUCAUUCUCGUAUAGCUGUCAAAUCUAAAAGAAAUGGAGGCAGAACCUUACCAAACACUUUCUUUCAUCUCAAUAUAGAACGUGUGCAGUGAGGGAUCUUUCCUCUCUAACAUACUUCAACAAGGCUGGGUUGCGAACUGGUCCUGCUUGACCUAGCAUUUCGUUCUUUUGUGCUCGAUCUAUCUCUGAAUUGAGGAAUUCCGCUUUAUUUUAUUUUCUUUUUUUCUUUUUCUUGUAAUCGAAAACGUCUUCUCUAUUUGAUGGUGGGAAUUGCUGCCCAGUUGACCACUGAUCUCCCCCCGGUCCUCCUAGUAUUAACUCCUUUUCGUUGGUUGCACGACCCAUUCAAGGAACAACACUGGCUUCCCUUCUCGACCCGUAGUCCCGCUCCCUAUCCCCUUCCACUAUGCAUCAUUCUGUCCUUCCCUCUUUGUAUGAUCUUCUUGUUUAUGGAAUUGUUGAAUUUGUUGGAGAUUAUUAUGGAUUUUGUGAUCUUUUUGAAAGUUGGUUUUCGUCCUAUCCGUUGCUCUACCUAAUGGAACUUGGACUUCCUUUCAUAGUACGGAUGCUAUAGGCUGACAUUUAUCCUUCACUUAAUGCUGAAGUUUGAUUGAUUAUGAUUGAUCAGAAUUCGAAAUCUUGUAAAGCCGAGUCGCUGUUAUUAACAAUGUAAUAAUCAGAGUUUCAGGCACUCUGACUGCCAUUUCUUCAUACCCCCAUCCCGAGAUAGUACUCCCGCGACAAACGACUUACAGCGAAAUGUUGACUAGGCAGUUCAGGAUGAAGUGACUUGGGGGUGAUACGACCCAUUAUAUAAACUUUUUUACAAAAUGAUUCCCGCGGAAUCGCUUUAUAGGCCCCCUACUAUCAAGAUCUACAGCAUAAUCUGAAUCUUCAACCAACCUGGCAGUUACCUUACCCUGCAUGUCCGGAUCAGCUGGCGUCUGGGCCCUCACAGGAUUUGUCCUCCUUAUGGACGUGCUCAAACUCGUCAUCUUCUUGCAUCUUUGGCUUGUUCAAAUACUUAUUUUAUUGGGCAAAUUACAAGAUCAGGUGGGUCUGCUAUUAAAGCUGGUGGCCAAGUAUAACUUGCUAAGGUCAAUUUCCUUCACUUCAAUCGGGCGUUCCUGUGUUGGCGCUUCCACUCUCCAUGGAAAAAUUCCUUAGAUAAGGGGGGAGAAAGCUCCCUUUUCAAUCGGUCUUGAAGGCAUAGAGACAGAAGAUCUCAGGUAAAGCACUAGCUCGGCUAGAAGAGUGGAGGUACAGAGAGGUUGUCUAAUGGUUUUUGAUCGUUCUUGCCCCUUUUCUUCAUGAAAUAGAGGCAGCUCUUCACUUCUUUGAUCAGGUUCCAAUAGAGGAAAACCUAUGAUUGAGGCAUAGAUAGGUAAUCUAUCAAAAAGGGGAGCGAAAGUGGCUUAAAGGUCACGAGAAGCGCCAUUGAACCUCAUUUCGAUAGAGCGUCGGGAAUAGAGAUCUGAGGAUUGAGAGGCGGGAAAUGUCAUAUGUGGAAGACCAACAGCCAGAUCACAAGAAGAACACUAUAUAUGGAAUUACCCAGACAAGGGGUUGACUCAGCGAUCCUCCAACACUUCUAGGUACCUUGUCAGGCGAGGAAUAAUAUCUUAUAUUAAUAUGGAUUUCCCUUUUUGAAGGUUCAGUUUGAGAAAUAGUUAGGCCUGUCCCUGCGUGAAUCAGAAAGCGACCCUAGAGUAGAGCCGUCAACUUCCUUGGAUAGCUCGCGGGAGGAUCCGCUCGAGAUCAUUUUUGACUUGUAGCACGAAUCAACAAUAUGACAUAAACUCCAGCUAUACUACGUGAAUCGGCUCAUCCGCGAUGAGAUCUUCCCCGGCUCGGAAGUCUAGUUGAUUGAUCAAUUUACCAUGCCACCAGUGAGUGGUGGCUAAAGCUUACCCGAUAUGACAAUGACAAGUGAAUCGAGCGAUGCGCUCCAAGUCAGGGCUUCAUCUUCCCCCAAGUUUAUGAUUUUGAUUCUCGCGCAGGGAGAGGGGAUUCGCCAAUAGAAGGUCACGCAAAAGGAUCUAACCGAGAAUCCUUUUCUUUAUUACUAUACCUAAGAACUGGAGGAAGUAGGUCUGCAACUCUAGUAGAAGGGGGGAGUCCAACCCCGGCUCGGGCGGAAGAUCUACAAGAAGGAAGGAAGCAUUCGCUUUAGCCAUUCAUAAUGGCUAAAGGGUAACUUGGAGUCUAGUCGCUACAGAAGCAAGGUAAAGCACUUUCCAGACUGAAGUCAAACCAGUAGGAGUGCCAUGAUCCAAUACUUCGUCUCUACCACUCGAGUCCUUAGCUGUCUUCUUUGAAAUUGUAAGAAAAUGGGGCUUACGUUUUUAAGCUGCAUUGCACUUUAGCAUAAACAAUGGAUCUGCUGGGCUGGAUGAGAGCAACCUUCCCUGGAAAGGAAUAGUGAAAAGCCAUGUCACUUGGAACGGAACUGGUUGCUUACUGGACUUUUAGUAAGACCACUUUGGUAAGCCAAAUUCUCUUCUAUUAUAUAGGCAUGGUUGCUUACAAGACAAUAGCUAGCUUCUAUAUGUUCUUCGCCUGAACAUAACAUAUAGAAGAAGCAACCUUCUAUCUGGCCUCUGUACCAGUAUUGGAGUGGCUUGCUACUUUCAAUCAGAAAAGGAAGAUUGAGCAAGGCAAAGGAGAAAGAAGCUGUCCCCUCUUCUCUGCCGCCGGCCGCAUAUGUAGAAAAAGAGGGAGCGGGGAAGGAAGAACAGCCGUUUGACUUUGAUGAGGUGGUGGGUUUGGUGGCUAGGUAACAUAAUGGAAAUGUAUCGGACUGCAAAUCCUGGAAUGACGGUUCGACCCCGUCCUUGGCCUCGAGGAGUGGUGAGCAGCAUGGAACUUGAAUCAAUCAAAUGGCAUAGCAUAGUAUUAUGGGGCUUUCCUUUGUUAGAAAUCCACAGACAACAUUCUGGAACUUCCAAACCAAAGAAAUGCAAUAUGAGAAGGAGCUUUUUACGUGACGCUUCAAUAGAAUGAAUUCGGUAAGGGUAGAGCCCUAUGGUCGAUCGAGGGUCCUGUGCCACUUGAACUCCAAUCUAUCUGACCUUCAAUCCAUCUUUGUCCAGCCAAGCCAGCUCAUAACAAAAUGUUAGACCAAUCAAUCUCAGGGCUGACACAACCGAAUUGGUUGAGGAAAAGGAAACCCCUGCGACCAAGCACUCCCGCCCCCAAACGCGGAGACCGAACAACCGCCAGGGGUUUUGUCUAGGGCACGUCUGAAGAGGAGGCAAGCGCCCUCUAAGUUGACCACCCCACCCACUACUGGACUAUGAGGGGAGCAGGCGAACGGGAACCGACCGAGAAAAAACCCGAACCGCUUGACUGACCCCUGAAUACUCUAUUAUUAGGGUGGGGGAUGGAUGGAACCAAUCAGAAGUGCAAAAUAGCGCAAGCGAAGCCGGGAAAGGGACCGCAGCGCAACGACUAGGGCUCGUGUCGGAGGAGUUUUGAGCGUGAGCUACCAUUCAUGCAGCGGCAAGGCCCCGCAACUCUCGAAUCACUGUAGCAAAGCCUCCCUUUACUCAACGGAUAGCCUUUAUGAAUCUUUCAAUAAACAAAAAAUGAUCAAGGGGGAGAAAGUCGUUCUGAUUGCCAUGAAUGCUGCCCUCGAGGACGUGUACAAGAAGGUCUUUGCCGAUUCCUAUCAACAUGGUGCACCUCUUAGUAGAGGAGUGUGAAACCGCCGUGGAGACUUUGACCGAAUGAAUAGGGAUCAAUUGAUAGACAUUUUGAUUGAGGAAGAGAAUCCAAGAUGAACUCUUUUUUCAUUCGCUAUGUGCUGACUUACUGCGUACUCUAGUGAUCAAUCGAUGGACGGGGGAAAAUAGCGUGAAUGACGAAACCGGCCUAACCUAAAGUCAAGGGCUCUCCCUCCAACUCAAGCACGAAAUUGGAGUCCAAAAUAAUCGAGAGGGGCACCACCGGGCGAGAUCGAGACCAGACCCUUGUAUAGGAAAGCCAAGCUUCCCUGCGCUUCUUCAAAUAUCCCAACAAUAAUAGAGAUGGAGGGGCUUUUUCGGCUUGAUCAGAAUCGAUUCUAUAAUGGAAUAAUAGAGUGACGAACUCAUUUUUGUUUGGUCAUAGGUUGGUCCAAAAAACGAGAGCCGGCUUCCUUAAUGGAGUUCUUCCUCAGUAGCUCAGUGGUAGAGCGGUCGGCUGUUAACUGACGGGUCGUAGGUUCAAAUCCUGCUUGGGGAUCAUUUCUAGUUCUCGCUUUUCUGAUCUAGCGACCCUUGUCCUUGACUGUCUUUCUAAACUAGCAGAAUCGUGGGACAUCAAAAGCGGGAAGUUUCUUGUUGGUUUUGAUUCUUCACUCUCGUAUAGGUGUGAACUUGGUUCGUUCCAUUCUUAGGGAGAAGAAGGAUCGACCAAAGGGAGAGGAAGACUGACGGGAGUAGUAUCUUCAUUAGCCGGAAGGAAUGAGUCUCCACUAGCGUCAUUCGAAGAACGAACAAGAAAAAGAAAAGGCUUACUGUGUAUAGAUUACUGUGGUCCAAUGGCUAAAGCUCUGCCAGCUUCUUGUAGACUAAGCUUUCUUCUCUCUUUAGGCUCCGAGUGGUUUUUGGGUGGGAUGGUUUCAUUUAUCUUCACACUAGUGGCAACGAAGUUCUUGGUAAUUAGCAAGGGGGAGGGGGAGAGUGGCCGAGCGGUCAAAAGCGACAGACUGUAAAUCUGUUGAAGUUUUUCUACGUAGGUUCGAAUCCUGCCUCUCCCACUUGUUUGUUGUAGACUUCGGAGAAGAGAAAGGAGGCAUUCGUCAGCGUGGGAAGGCCAACCGAGCAAAGCUCUUUCCGUGCCGUGAAGUUCAAUUGUAUCUACUGUUAGUUAGAGAGGUUGGCGAAGUAGAUCUAUGGAUUCCCCACCUAUAUCCAAUCCCAACGAGAAUAGAAGCGACUCGCUUCCGGCUGGCUUGGCUUGUAGUCGUAGUCUUUUAUUCGCACGUGCCCGCCCAGAAUGUCUCCUUGGUUCGGGACGAAGCCAAGCCGAUACAUAACAUACGAUAGGCGAAGGAAAGACCAGACCCCCAUUUCAUAGCGCCUGGGGAAGGCAAGUUUGAUCGAGGAUUGGAGAGGAGAGGUGGAAGAAAAGGCUCGGGAUGGAUUUCGGAGUCUUUGUGCGAGCCGUAUGCGGUGAGAGUCGCACGUACGGUAACGAGGGGGGUUCGCGUCUAUACGUGUAGUGUGGUGGUUGGGCCUACCCACCCUAUUUGUUCUAUGAUCUAUGGGUCUACUGGAGCUACCCACUUCGAUCAAUUAGCUAAGAUUUUUACCGGAUACGAAAUCACUGGUGCUCAAUCUAGUGGUAUUUUGAUGGGGAUUCUAUUUAUCGCUGUAGGAUCCCUAUUCAAGAUCACUGCAGUUCCUUUUCGGGCGGCUGUAGGACGGAUGGCCACCUAUAGGUGGUAGGGUAGGGUGGGUGGUACCGCUCUUCUUUCGGCCAAUCUUCCUAACCGCGCGCGGGCUUAGAGCGCGUGAAACUCAUCACUACCUCGUAAGGGCGUUGAGACCAUAGCAUGUUACACGAAAGCACCGCUUUCUCUGUAGUGUUGUCACACAGCUGCCCGCCUAGAAGAGCCACUCGCUCUGUAGUGUUGUCACACAAGAGAAGCACGCCGCCCGCCUGCUGGCCGGGCGAAUCCAAGUUCUCUUCCGGUCAACUGUCCACCCAGUCAAAUGCAAAAAACACAGUCGAAUCACGCAACGCACGCUGCUGGUGUGCUUCCUGCUCGCGAGGAAAGAAAGAAGAGCGACAAGGUUCAGAUUUGACUGUUUGCAGCAUGGGAGCGGAUUACCCAAAAAAUCCCUGGGAACAAUGAAAAAAAAGAGAUCUCGGUAAUGAAAACUAUAGGGGGCUGUAUUGGCGAGAUCCAACGGUGAACAGCUGCCCAAAAGAAAAACCGCCUGGAAGUCCGAGGACCUUUAGUACUGUACUCUACCCCCGAACCAGCAGCCUUCGCGCCAAGCAAGACCGCCCUUGUCCCUUUCCUUUCUCGCCUCCUUCUUUGCUUUGUUCCAAUAGAGUCUAAGGCAAAGCGUGAAGUGCUUCGUAUGCCUACUUUACCUACUUGACGAAAGGGAACUUUGUUUCCGGGUUUAUGGAUUGACUUCAAUCAGCCUCACGACAUAAGAAAAAGGAGGGAGCUUUGCGGCGAACGCUUCCAAAGGCUACCCUCUCGAGUUUCUGGCUGUUUCCUAGAUUUUAGUAGCCUUUCGUCGCCCCGAAAGAAGUAACUAUCAAACAGCUCGCCCUACUGAACAAAGGUGCGCUCCGCCCGGCGACUCAGAAAUGGGUUUGCGCUUUCAUUUCAGUGAUGAGGUCGCAAAGAGGGAAGUAGGGCUCCUAUUGACUAAAGGUUGGUUCUUCGCUUUCCUUCACGAAUGAAAGUCGCUAUGAAGCCCCUACUACUGACUUUGUUUGAUUCAAAAGGCGAACAGCCCCCCCAACUAGUCUACUGGGGUGGGGUGCUUGUGGUCAAAAGUCCGGUAUUUGACGAAGAUCUUUCUAUCAAUAAAUAGGAAUGAGUGUUCAAUAUAGGGUACGAAGGAGGCUGCUCUUUCUCUCUCCAUUUUUUUUAGAGAGAGCAGAUAGAACGAUAUAAAAAAGAAUCGGGAGAUUCUAAAGGAUACAUAUAGACAUCUAAAGGGGAUGUCUAUUCUAUUCCUCUUUUUUUGUCAUCCCGGUGCAGCUUUCCUUCUUUUGUAUUGAACGCAUGGCGUAGCUAGGACCCUUCCAAUCACGUUUGAGCCUAUGCUAUGUUCAAACCCAACCCGGCCGGAAAGAAUGCCCACCAAGUUCAGAUAAGUCCAUGCUUCCCCCAACCAUUAAAGGAAAGGCCCAAUCUAUACAAGUGGGAGAUGUGGCGGGGGAAGGAAAAAGCUUUUGGAGAUCGAGAUUGAUUUUUCAUCGAAAACGAAGAAGGCCGAGGAUGGCCUACGGUGCCGUGUUAUCUUGAAGGGAACACGCUUUUUCGACCGCGGUUGGUAUGAUUGCCGGGCCCUCUCCUCGUUCCGCCCGCUGGCCUAUUGGGAUAGCAGCCUUCGGGCUUUGCCUACCCUUUCGAAUCCAGAAUUCCAGCUCGGCCCGGGAAAGCGCUGGCAACAACAGAAAGGAAGGGGUCCAUGUAGCUGCUGCCCCCGCCCCCCUCUUAGUCAAUGGGGCAGCAGGUUCGGCAUCUACUACAAAAGAGAGAAUCCGCUGAAGAGUAGACGAAAGAACGAGAGCGGAUCUUUUUUGGAUAUAUAAUCCAAGUCGAGAGUAGAGUUACGGGAACAGCCGUCUGAUGGAAAACGACUUUCACGUUCGGUUCAGAGAGCACUUUUUUCGUUGAGAAUUCCUCGUUCCUUUUCGUGUGAAUUCCCCAGCGGCGAAUUCGAAACUUGUGGGGCCCUAUCUAUUCCAUCUCUCGAGCCCCGAAGAAAACCCCCCUCCCCUUUUCGGACUCCAUCUCUCUUUUGACUCUAUAUAUGUGGGCACCUGAUAUCUAUGAGGGUUCACCCACCCCGGUUACAGCAUUCCUUUCUAUUGCGCCUAAAAUCUCUAUUUCUGCUAAUAUUUCACGUCUUUCUAUUUAUGGUUCCUAUGGAGCUACAUUGCAAGAAAUCUUCUUUUUCUGCAGCAUUGCUUCUAUGAUCUUAGGAGCACUGGCCGCCAUGGCCCAAACGAAAGUCAAAAGACUUCUAGCUCAUAGUUCCAUUGGACAUGUAGGUUAUAUUCGUACUGGUUUCUCUUGUGGAACCAUAGAAGGAAUCCAAUCACUACUAAUUGGUCUCUUUAUUUAUGCAUCAAUGACGAUAGAUGCAUUCGCCAUAGUUUCAGCAUUACGGCAAACCCGUGUCAAAUAUAUAGCGGAUUUGGGCGCUCUAGCCAAAACGAAUCCUAUUUCGGCUAUUACCUUCUCCAUUACUAUGUUCUCAUACGCAGGAAUACCCCCGUUAGCCGGCUUUUGUAGCAAAUUCUAUUUGUUCUUCGCCGCUUUGGGUUGUGGGGCUUACUUCCUAGCCCCAGUGGGAGUAGUGACUAGCGUUAUAGGUCGUUGGGCGGCCGGAAGGUUGCCACGAGUAAGUCAGUUUGGGAGACCGAAGGCAGUUCUCCGUGCACCGGACACGUAGCUUACCGAAUCAGUUGCGACACGGAUUUCCAUGCAUGCUACGAAAGAGAGGGUUGAGUCUGAUACAUUAACCGUCUACUCAAUAUCCUUUGUACGAGUCCACAAUCACUACACGAGAUGAACCCUGGUUUGGUGAAUUGAAGUUGGCCUUAGGUGUAAUAGGACUCCCAGUUACUGCGCGCGAUCGUAUACUGAGGUGAUCCCCGCCGGUUGUUGGAACGACGCGAGCCGGGCCUCGAUUCAGAAAGAUGAAGGGCCAAAAAGUUUAAAUAGGGGGUUCGAAAUUCCCCAUCUCAUUCGGGGCGGAAAACGAAUCGACAUCUCGAUGUGAUACAGCCUUUUCUAUUUGAGUUGGGAAAGAACGGCGAAGUCCAUCCGAACCGUCCAAUGAAGAAUAAGAGGAGAGCAAAGCUACAAUGGCGCGCGAAGCGCAUGCGGAACGGACACGGAUCAAAAGACGUGUGGAGGAGAAGCAGCCGAGCUCAUGGACUUUGCUUCCUGGGCCAAAAGCAGUGCAGUCUUUCUUGGCCAAAUCAAGGACUUGGGGCUUUUUGCUACGCUACUUCACUAUAUAAAUCCAUCUAUCCUAUCCGAUUUCGAUUUUGAUAUCUAAAAAAGAAUCGAUUUCAUUCAACCUUUGAUUCAAAGAACUGCGCUUAGCCCCCCCGCUCAUGAAAAGGCUCUGCUGCAAUGGAUGGCAGAGGGUCCGUAGUACCCGAAGCACUGGAGUGAUCCAGUAGCCGGGAAGGGGCCUAGAAGUGCCUACACCACACUACACUUGGCUCUACACAUUUGCAGAGCUAACCAACCCCCCUGUCCAGUGCCGGGCAGAUUGGAUCAUUUUGAUAUAGAGGGGUAUGGAGAAAGAAAAUAGACUCGCAUUUCUCAUCGAACAAAUACAGAAAAAGAAUCAUAUUGAAAACACUCCUAACCCAACCCCUUCCUUCGUAGAGCCUUGUAUUUACAGUGAUCCGAACCUGCCCGGAGCGAGCCCCCCAUAGAGGCAAGUGAAGUUGGUGAGCCGUAUGAUGGGCAACUAUCUCCUGCGGUUCGGAGAGGACUCAGCUGUUAGUUAGUAUAACCCCUUGGUUUCGGGGUGGACCCUUUUCACUCUAUUUUAUUAUAUACGCUUAGCAAAAAGAAUGUUUUUUGAUACACCUAGGACAUGGAUUCUAUAUGAACCAAUGGAUCGUGAAAAGUCGUUACUACUAGCAAUGACUUCCUCUUUCAUUACUUCAUUCUUUUCAUAUCCCUCUCCGUUGUUCUCAGUUACUCAUCAAAUGGCACUCAGUUCAUAUCUUUAAGUUCGAUCAUUGACACAAGGUUCAAAGAAAGGGUGGGAUCUACUAUGGGACUCUCUAACGGAGAUCAAAAUACUCACAUGUCAUACCCUAGCGCUCGAAACUCCAGAAUAGCGCUGAGGAUCUACUCGUCGGGGCAAAGUUCAGGUUGAUAAAGCAGUGAGGCGGCUCUAAGAAGGCAAGUCCCUUCCACUUUGGCUUGUGAAUUGCAGAAGUGAGGGGCUGUCCGCUUCUUGAGAUUCUUCGGCUAUUAUUGGUUAGAGAUCACACAAGAACCUGAGAUUUCUCUUCUCGUUUUUGGUGAGAAUGAAAAUGGGUGGCAAAUGAUCUGAACAGGAGUUUCACCGACCACACAAAUCUCAUAGAAGAGAAAACUUCCACUUUCUAGGCAUAUCUAGAUCACAAGUGGAAUCCGUGAAUAUCGAAAUGGAAGGUUAGCUAUACCGCAUCCCGGCCAGAACCUGACCCUGUAUUUGCGAAGAAAUAGGACAGGUUCUCCGAAAUGAAAGAAAAGAAGAAAGAUUUUUUGAUUGAUGAGAACGUGUUCAUUCAUUUUGACUUCCAUGUGUUGCCCUUCUCUAUGAGGUAG